AUGUGUCGAGGUUAUUCUGCUCGUCCCUCUUCUUCCUACCGCUACUAUUUCACUCAAAGCUACCGAUACCGCUACGGUCAGGAUCAGCAUCGCGGUUUCCUGUCCAAGCCGUUUUUCCGCAGGCCUGCAGGUUUCGCAACGUCGACAGGCGCAACUGUCAAAAUGAGCUCGGUGGGCGCCGGGGCUGGGGCGGCGACGGCGACGAUUGCAGGCUUAUAUGCGGCUGUGUCGAAUCCGGAGCAGGCAGUAGGGUGGACGGAGCCUGAGGAUGCAAAGGGGAAGAGACAUCAUCUGAAAGGUGGUAAAGGGUUUACGAAUCCGUGGGAUAGCUAUACCGAGAGUGGGUUUUGGGAGCUUGUUGUCAAGGGACUUUUUUGGCGCAAGAUUACGGGUCAGGCAAACACACCAGAUACCACACCACCCACUGUACCAGUUCGGACACCAACCUUCCAUCCCACUAGGGAAACUCCAAAACUGAGAGCGACGUGGUUAGGUCAUGCAUGCUACUAUGUGGAGUUCCCAGGAGGUUUCCGCGUCCUUUUCGACCCCGUGUUUGAAGACUGCUGUGCGCCCUUCAACAUGAAGAGUCUCAAAAGAUACACACCUCCACCAUGUGAGAUUGAAGACCUCCCCAUGGUCGACGCCGUCGUCAUUAGCCACAACCACUACGACCACCUCAGCUACCCAACCAUCCAACGCCUGCACAAGAAGUUCCCACAUGCACACUACUUCGCCCCCCUCGGCAACAAAUCCUGGUUUGAGAAGUCUGGCAUCACAAACGUGACCGAACUAGACUGGUGGGAGAGUCGGGAAAUCACGCUCGAAACCCAAAAAUCGAACAAGGGCAAUGCAGAGUCGACAACAGUGGCAAAUCCCUUUGAAAAGGGCAGCGCAGAAGACAACGCAAUCAAAGCAACCAUCCACGCCCUCCCUUGUCAACAUGUCAGUGCCCGCGGGCCCUUUGACAAGUGCAAAACCCUCUGGGCCAGCUGGUCCGUAACCUCUGGCUCCUCGUCCGUCUACUUUGCCGGCGACACCGGCUACCGGACUGUGCCCUCGUCCGUCCCCGCUACGGCCGACGACUACGGUCCAGAGUACUCCCACCUUCCCACCUGUCCAGCCUUUGCGCAAAUCGGUAAACACCGGGGUCCCUUUGACCUAGGCCUGAUUCCGAUUGGCGCCUAUGAUCCCCGCUGGCUAUUUAGCAAUGUGCAUGCGAAUCCCAAGGAUGCGGUCAACAUUUUUGUGGACACGAAGUGUAGGCGUGCCUUGGGCAUGCAUUGGGGCACCUGGGUACUCACCGAGGAAGAGGUGUUGGAGCCGCCGAGGGAGUUGGAGGAGGCGUGUCGGUGGAAGGGGGUCAAGAGCGGGGAGCAAGGGUUUGGCGUUUGUGAGAUUGGGGAGAGUAGGGAGUUUGGGAGCGGAGAAGGGGGCGCGUGA